CUAAGUGAAAGGCAGAUCAUAGAAGAGAUAGUGAGGCAGAUCGAAAUCCUCCGGGAUGUUGAGGAAAGCAUUACUGUAAAACUUGAUGAAAUCGAGAACGAGAGACGGGCCUUAUCCAACGAGAAAAGGCAUUUCUACAGCACCGCCUGUUUGUUCAACGUCGUGGCUUGUUAUCGCAAGAAGCGAGAUGUUUUAGAGGGUAUUUGA